CACGACACCCAGAUAGACAACAGCAAGGGACACCAACAAAGCACAAAGCUGCGGAGGGAAGACACUGGCAGGCGGAGCUGUUUGACAGCAGCUCCCACUGAGAAACUUUCAUUUGUGCAACAAGUGGGGAAAACAGCCUGGAAACAUGAAGUCCCUGCGAUUCCUGGCUGCUGAGUGUUUCGCCCAGACUGGUCCAACGGCUCUGGAGAACCUCAACUGUUUGUCUUUUAAUCUCUACCCACUUCUCUUCAAGGCCUGCUACCUUCACGAGCAGGCCGACUUGCUGCACGCUCUGGUCCAAACUUGGCCUCUUCCUGAGCUCAACUUGCAAAGGCUCCUAGGAAAAACAGUCGACUGUCAGACGGACCUUACCUCACGCACCUGUCGGCUUUGUCUUGAGGCGUUUCUGACCGGCUUAAAGGAUUACGUGCUGUCUCCUCCAGCAACUUAUGCCAAGUGCCUCCAUGUGGUGGACCUCACUGCCCUGAAAGACAUCGAGCAUCAGGACUGUCCAUGCCGCUCUACCCUGGGCCGAUGGGCAAGAACCCAGCUCCUGACCCAAAUAUGCUAUGAGACCAUUGUCGCCAUGCAAGCCAAUGAUGUGUCCCGAUCUGCCUUUGAAGUGUCCAUUGACGUCCGUCUGAAUGGCUUUGUUACAGGCCGCAACUAUGAGCUUGUGGCUCAGGCCUUCCUCCUCCUCCGAGUCUGUCCGCUGAAGCUUCGUUUCAUUAGUUUUAGGGCCGAUUCCCUCGCUCUCAAGCAGCUCUUCUAUGUUCUCCGGCUCGCAGAGCCCGAGUCCAUCACAAAGCUUGAGGUGGUCCACAAUGUUCCACUGGAGGCCCCACAUCUGGAGGUGCUGCUGUCCAGGGUGGAUUUCCCCAAACUCCAGUCUCUGACCCUUCCAGCUGGGGCGCUGGAUGUUCGGAGGUUGGUCUCUGAUGAUCUGAUGGUCACCAUCGGCAACCUGCUGGCACAGCUGAGCCUGACUGAGCUCUACAUGGGAUUCUCCACUCUAACUGGACAACUACGCAGGCUGCUGAGUCCUCUCAACACUCCUCUGCAGUGCUUGGAGUUGGCCAACUGCUGUCUGACCAGGGUGGACAUGACGUACCUGGCCAACAGCCUCCACAGUGAGUUCCUGGUCCGCCUGGACAUCAGUGGACACGACAUCUUCGUCUCUUUCUCCACUGGCUUCCACAAACUGCUUGGCCGCUGCUCAGCCACACUGGCCAGCCUGGCCCUCGAGGAGUGCAACAUCGAAGACGAGCACAUGGACGCCUUCGCUCUCGCCCUCGCUCCCUGUCAGGUGCUGGAGGAGCUCAAACUGCUGGGAAACCCCCUGACCUCUGCAGGCCUGCGGAGCCUAUUCUCCAUGCUGUCUCGAGGUUUUCCAAAGUUAAGGUACAUAGAGGUACCGGUUCCCCGUGAGUGCUACCCAGAGGAUGUUACUUACCCUCUUGAUGAUUCAGUCCUACUGAGUUACAACAGGGAGUUGUUUCAGGAAGUCAGGGGUCAGCUGAUGGGCAUCCUGGAGGGAGGCGGUAAGGGGAAUGUGAAGGUGUGCACACCAGUCAUGGGGGCCUAUGAUCCAGACAUUAAUGAAACCAACAACGAGCUGGGAGUGUCUAUGCUAAAAUCUUUCAACAGUGUCAUUGGGAACUUUAUAGGAACCAUAGCUGAUGUGGACAACAGGAGAUCACAGGCCCAGAAGGAUGAUUAGAUAUGAAAUGAAUGGCCUGGUAGAAUGGGCUAUAUUUUAUUUAUAGUGCCAAUGCAGUGUGUUAUCAAACUGUCAUCACUGUGAUGGUAAUCUAGAUAUGUUUGACUAUAUCAUCACACAGGUAUUCAAUUCCUGUUAAUGUAUUGCCUCCUAUAGUCUGUUACUCAAAGUGCAGACACAGAUGAAGCUACUGUAGUGGUUAUGUAUAGAUACAAGAUAUUUUGUUACCUGUAUCUAAUGUAUAUGUUCUUAUGUCUAUAUUCUGGUUUAAAUGAUGUAUAUAACUGGAUUUGUAAAGUUAAAUAUCAAAAUAU